CUCUUCCAUGUUUGUCCGCUUUCUGGAGGUUUUGUUUGUUUAUAUCAAAAACAAGGUUUAUAUUAUUUAUAAUGGAUCCCUCACCAACUAAAAGAAGUACGCGACAGAAAAAACCGAGCUUAAAGGCUUUAGAAUCGCAGUUCUUAAAUAAUUUACAGCAUUCGGGUUUUGUGGCGAAAAUUAAUAGUGAUGAUGAAGAACCAGAGUUUCAAUUUAGCGACGAUGAUGUGGAAAUGUGUGAAAUUGAAGCUCCAAAAUUGUUGCACGACGACGAACAUAUACGCGGGGAAGAUAUAUUUAAAUUUCAUACCAGAAAACAGAGAAAUAGCUUGGCAAAUAAAGUAGCUGAAUCAUGUGGUGCCAAAACGCCUAAUAUACAGAGGAUGAAGAUGAAGGAAAUGAUUGCAGCUAAAAUUAGAGAGGAAGAGUCUGGAAGUGAAUAUGAACACUCUGAAGCAAGUUCAAGUGAGUCAGAAUCACAAGGUUCUGGAGAGAGUUCAGAUUCUGAUGAAGAGCCUCAGAAGAAAAUGUCUCAGUUAAAGAUUUCAAAUCUUAAGGCUGAUAAUAACAGAAAAACCAAAGGAACAAAUAAGUACACAAUCCAAACUGAUGAAUAUUUUGCUUCUACUGGCAAAAAUAAAACCUCAAAUAAUACUUUAGAUAAAUUAGAUACUCCAAGAUUACCUCAAUAUGAAUUACAAAAAAUAUUAUCAAACAUGAAAUUAUCCAAAGAACAUGAUAAAGCUGUAAACAGAUUGUUAGAAAGAAAUAAUUCUCAAUUUGAUAAAUGGCUGUAUAUUCUCAAUGAGAAUUUUAGUAUACUUGUAUAUGGCUUAGGUUCUAAAAGAAAUGUUCUACAAAAUUUCCAAAACACUUAUUUAAAAAAUUUGCCAGUUAUUGUUGUAAAUGGUUUUUUUCCAACACUAUCAAUCAAAAAUGUUUUGGAUGGGAUAAUAGUCGAUAUGUUGGAACUGAAAGAAAAUCCUGGAAAUUUGUAUGAAGCCUGUGAUUUAAUAGAAGAAGAGUUCAAGAAAAUUCCUGAAACUCAUUUGUACCUUAUAGUGCACAACAUUGAAGGUGACAUGAUCUGCAAUGGAAAAGCACAAAAUGUCCUCUCUCGAUUAGCUGCAGUUAGAAAUAUACACUUAAUAGCAUCUAUUGAUCAUAUUAAUGGCCCCUUAAUUUGGGAUCACUCCAAAUUAAGCAAAUUUAAUUACAUUUGGUGGGAUGUCACAUCAUUUUUACCCUACAUAGAAGAAACAUCUUUUGAAAGGUCUAUGAUGGUUCAAAAGACUGGAUCAUUGGCUUUAUCAUCUCUUAAAAACGUAUUUUUGUCUCUUACAACAAAUUCAAAGAGUAUUUAUUUAAUUAUAGCCAAACAUCAACUAGAAAAUGCCAAGAAUCAGUAUUAUCAAGGUCUAGCUUUUAAGGAUUUAUACAUGUCUUGUCGAGAAUCUUUUAUUGUGAGCUCUGAUUUAGCUCUUAGGGCACAAUUAACUGAAUUUGUAGACCAUAAAAUGGUCAAGUUAAAACGGUCUUAUGAUGGGGCAGAAUAUUUACAAAUACCUUUACCUAAUGCUUUAUUACAGAAAUUUUUGGAUGAACAAGAAUAAAUUAUUUUUUUAUGAGAUAUUAAUAUUAAUAUUUACACACGAAUUUCCUAAGAAAAUUUAGUUGAAUUAAGUUUUUACUGAAGU